AUGAAGAACCCAAUAAUGCAUCAGCUAUUCGCGAAAUGACUUUCACGUACGAAACCGUUCUUGAAUUGAAGAAUUCUGGAGUAGUCAAGUUUACCAAUGAAAAACCACAUUGUGUGUCACCACUCACUGUCAUACAAGACCGGAAGAGACGGCUCAAUCAAGAAAAGACUUUGUUUGGACGGAUCGCGAUGCAUAAACAAAUGCAUAAAGGAGCAGAAGGUCACUCUCAGUCAUUUUCAAAGAGCCUUGGAGUUGACACGAGAGAAAGAUUACCAAGUGACUUACGAUCUAAAAUCCGCUUACCACCACAUUAAAAUUCAUCCUACACAAACCAAGUACCUCGGAGCAGCAGUAACAAAGCCGGAAGGAGACUUACAGUACUUCGUUUUCUUAUACCUCCCUUUUGGCUUAUCGUCGGCCGUCUAUUGUAUAACAAAAAUUCUCAAGCCAGUCAAUGCUUACAUACAUGGAAGAGGCAUCAGACAUUCCAUAUAUCUGGAUGGUGGGAGAAUCACGGCAGCAUCAAAAAUUCAAGCAGAGGAAAAUCGUAUUGCAGUUUAUGAGGCUCUACGGAAAGCUGGAUGGAUUCUAGAAAACAAAAAAUCAGACCAAGAGGGAGACGCAAGUCAAUUAAAAGAAUACUUAGGAUUCCUUAUCGACACAAUAAAUAUGACUGUACGCCUAACGGACGUCAAAAAGCAACAGAUCCUCAAACAAGUAUGGGAGACAAUUUCUCUUGGAUCAAACAAGCUACCAGCCAAGGAAUUGGCCAAAACGUUAGGGAAAAUUGUAGCUACAGAACCAGCAUUGGGACCAGUCGUCAUCAUGGCAGCAAGAGCCGCAUAUUUAAGAUUGGAUGAAGCUGUGUGCGACCGAGGAUGGCACACACAAAAGGAUUUGUGGCUAAUCACGCACGCACCGAUAAUAAAAAAAAUUUGGGCCAGCGACGCGUCAGGAUACGCGACUUCUGCGUAUUCAAUAAAAGGUGACCACCUCUAUUUCCGAGGGACAUUGAACGAGGAAGAAAGACGACUUUCAUCAGGCCACAGGGAACUUAUUGCUGUUACGAAGACCUUGAAAUAUUACGAGAGCACAAACGCGACUAAUUCCCAAACCACAAAUGUUUAUUGGCUCACUGACAGUCAAAACAUGACCACUUUUCUCACCAAAGGGUCUAGUAAAGGCCCUAUUCAAAAGGAGGUGUUCGGCAUAAUGACCCUAUGCAAAAAACUGAACAUCAGAAUAAUCCCAAUCCACUUGUUACGUGAUGAUCCACGCAUUAAGAUGGCAGACGACGGAUCGAAGAUGACGGAUACAGACUAUUGGCAGGUAGAUCACGAAACCUACCAAAGAAUUAACAGAAGAUACAGUUUCACUAUCGAUUUAUUCGCGACUGACCGCAACACAAAGUGCCAGAAGUUUUUCUCAAAUUUUUACUGCACGAACACUUUUGGCAUCGAUGCGUUUUCGCACUCGUGGGAAGAUGAAGUGGCUUGGAUCUGCCCACCAAUUAGAGAAGUAAUCAGAACGAUAAGAAAACUGAAGAUGUCGAAAGUCAGUGGAGUCAUUUUCAUCCCCGAGUGGAAGACGGCGGAUUACUGGACAGAGAUUUUCGACAAAGAAGCUCAAUUAUUGUGGCCCUUUAAAUCUGUUGAAAUUCACAAACCCUACAUUAUCCAAGGUAAUCUCAGCUACAGAUCUCCUUUUACAGGACGAGCCAAAAUUAAUUUCCUUGCAAUUGAAUUUGACUCACACUAA